AUGUCAGGUAAACAUGCAACCUGUGGUCACUCUUCCUCUUGUCUAUUUUACAGCCUCAAAGGUUUUGCUUCUAGUUUUUUGAGUCUUUGGUUUGGCCAAGCAGCGUUAGUUACUGGCCUUAAAAUAUCCUCCAUUCGUAAUGAUCCAAGUCUAAUCCUAAGAGCUUUAACAAACCGUAAGAAACUCGAGCUUUGCCUGUUUGCAUCUCUCUUCACUGGAAUAUAUCGUUCUUCUCGGUGCUCUCUUCGUUGGUUCACCGGCACAAAUGAACCCUGGCAUUCGGCUGUAGCUGGAGCUCUGUCUGGUCCUGCAAUGGCAUACUAUCCAAGCUCAAUGAUUGCCAUCAACAUGACUUGGAAGUGCUUAGAAUGGGCUUUACAGCAGGUCUGCUCCAUGCCUUAUGUGCCUUCAUAUGAUACUUUAAUACCAUUCCUCUAUGCAGUCUCGGUCAACAUCAUCUUUGUUACCCUCGUGCUUGAACCGAGUUGCCUUCGACCCUCUUACAUUCAAUUCAUUGACACAGUCACUCAUCAUAAACUUCACCAAGUCAAUCGAGGUCUAUUGAAACUUUUUGGUACCGAUGCUCACAUUGGAUAUGAAGACUUCUUCCCUGAUUUGGUCCCUGAAUGGUGUAGCAACAAGUUUAUUGAAAGUGUCUUCGUCUGGAUGCUUUGA